CGUAAAUCUUCCGAAUUGACUCGGGUCCGCCAGCCAUCACACAAGUACAAGAGGUAACGCCUGGUUGAGCUUUGCGCUCCGGCGACAACAAAAGAGCGAUCAUGACGAGGGGAAAUCAGCGUGAGCUUGCCCGUCUAAAGAAUGCUAAGAAGCAAACUGAUAAUACCAAGGGGAAGCGAAAUGAAGAUGGCCUCUCAGCAGCUGCUCGUAAGCAAAGAGAUGCUGAAAUCAUGCAGCAGAAACAAAAAAAGGCAAACGAGAAAGGAGACCCUAAAGCCAAAUAACCAGUGUAUGGGGUUGUGACCGACAUGGCAUCCAAGAUCUUUUUUCCUUUUGUCAAGAAAAAAAAUAUCUUUCAUUGUGUAGAUGUGGAGAGUUUGAUUCUUUAAUGUUUCAUCCCAAACUCCAUAAUGUGCUUGAAAGGGCAUAUCAACCUUACAGUACAUAAUGAUUUGUGUUCAGCUAUGGAGGAGGAGAGAGUUUCUUAUGUUCAAAUAAUCCGAGCAAGCCCAAAUAAAUGGGAGUCUCAAAAUGUCUGGACUGGACUUGUAAUCUUGUAUUUUUGUAUAAAGUGCCCUUCUUAAUAAAAAUGUACAUUUUAAUGGACACCUACCAAUUAAAAUGUUAUCCCUAUAA